UUCUCGUCCUCCUUCUCCAGAGGUUCGGCCAUGGUUCUGUCCGUCCAGGCUCUGGGGCUCGUCGUCCUCGCUGCGAUCCUCCUGCAGACCAUCGCGGUCGCCGUCAGCUUCAUGUACUUCAGCAGAGUCCUGAACACGAUGCAGGAGAACUUCUCCCAGAGCAGCGUGUCCUGCUUGAUAAACGUGAAGCUGCCGUCAGAUUUGGCUGAUUCUGCUGCUGAGGACAGAAGCAGUGACCCAUGCUGGCAGGUCACACAACAGCUCCAUUACCUCAUAGAGAAGAAAAUUGCUGACAGUUUCCAGAAGGAGAUUUCCACGGCGGUUUCAAAUAAGCUCACAGGUGUUCUGCCGGUCUUGCACCCGGGAAUCCCUGGCGUCCCUUUUCCGAAAGUCGGCGCACACGUGACCGGCGUUGCCUCGUCACCCAACCCAUCGGUAGAAGAAAGCUCCCAGAGUAAGACGGGGUACUUUGGCGAGCGCAUCCGAGCGUGGGAGGGCCAGAGGGGCCUGUCUUUUCUGCAGAACAUGGAGCUGAGGGGGGGCGAGCUGCUGGUGCCCAGAGCCGGCCUCUACUACAUUUACGCCCAGACGUACUUCAGACUGCCCUCCACGGGCGACACCGACGGGGAAACGGAGGAGGGAGCAGAGCUGGUGCAGUACAUCUACAAGAAGAUGAGUUCCUACAUGGGGCCCAUCUUGCUGAUGAAAUCUUCCAGGAGUGCCUGCUGGCCUCAAGGUCAGGAGCCCGGCCUCUUCUCCUUACAUCAAGCAGGCACCGCCUUCCUGCAGCCAGCCGACCGCCUCUUCAUCACCGUCAGCAACGCCAGCGCCGUGGAGAUGGACGGCAGGGCCAGCUACUUCGGAGCGUUCCUUGUGAGCUAAAGCGGAACUGAAACCAGAAUCAAGCGGAGCCAAAAGUCAGCAGCCGUCUGGAGCUACAGUAGAAGGAAGAUCCCGAGGGCCGAUUUGAGACUGGGCGGAGCUAGAGCUCUCGCCGGCUCGAAUGAGCGCGACGGAGCCAUUUACUUACUGUAUGGAUCUGUGGUUGCGGCUCACUUCUUGCUGCUAAACUGGAAGCGAGCGUGGAUUUUGCAGGCACUUCCUUCCAGGAAGUGAAGAGAGGUUUCACCUGCAACUGUGGUGCUGCAGCACAAAGCUAAAAAGGUGUUCAAGCAACGUUAGGACACUUGAAAUGAGGUGUAAAUGUGAUGUGGUGAAAUACUUUUAUGUUUUCCAAGUCAUUUCACAUUAUAAAAAUGUUUCUCUUAAAGACCCACUCUGAUGAAAAUGGUGUUCUUGUGGCAUUUUUUUGAUAAUAGAGGAUAUAUUUUAAGAAAAUAAAGUAUUUCUGUAUUGUGUGAAUUCUUAGUAAGUAUUCUCACAAUGCUUCUUUCCGUACGUUUUUCGGCGCGUAAAAACUCA